CACACGCCAAUAUCAACGUCGCAGAGAAGCCACUUGUUUUCAGUCAACGACGAGCUUGUGUUGGGAGUGCGCGAUUCGUAGAGAUGGAAAAGCUACAGGAAGAGCACGAAGGAAACCAAAUGAGAGACCCGGAAGCAGACAAGAAGCUGAGAACGUGCAAGAUUGUCAACGUUGUGCUUGUCGUUGUCAUUGUCGUUCUCGUCUUGGUUAUCUGCAUUGCUAUACCGUUAGCUGCAAAGAAAAGUGACGACGAUGACAAGUCUAGCACUACAGGAUCUACUGACAGUAACGGCCAGACGCCGCUUCCUCUGGAAAGGGUGGUGCAACCUUGCAACAUCAGUUCUCUCCGCAGAAGGGAUGUCCAAGACGUCAUCAUCGUGGGCGGAGGUCCUGCGGGAACGUUCGUCGGUUAUCGUCUCAAAACAGAAACCCCACAAUACAAAGUUCUACUACUGGAAGCGACCAACCGCAUCGGAGGACGACUGUAUUCGGUAAAUUUGCCGGGCAUUGACUUUAACGUUGCGGAACUUGGAGGAAUGCGUUUCAUUCCGGACUCUCAGCCUUACAUUACAAAAGUCAUCAAGGAAAUGAAUAUUUCUCACAAGCAAUUUUUAAUGGAUGAAGAAAACGAUGCCAGACCAUAUUUAUUUCGCGAUAUAUUUGUUCAGCAGAAAGAUUUAAAGACAGCAGGCAAAGCUGCUUACAAACUGAACAAGGAAGAAGAAGAUCUAACUCCUAGCCAAGUUUCAGAUUUGGUGUUUGAGGCUAACGUACCACCAGAUCAGAGACAUUUGAGUCCAGAUGAGAUGAUGACAGUCGAUGGAUAUCCUCUACUCCAUUACGGGACGGUGAAUACUUACAACUUAGCCAAUGCCAGUGAUGACGCACACAAUUAUGUCAUAGCCGGAAAUGGAUAUUCGGAUAUUUAUACCAAUUACAACGCUGCUAACUCCAUUGGAGACACCAAUGAUACUUCUCGUGGUAACGCUUAUAGAGCACCGGAUGAUGGUAUGGAGACAAUACCAAUAAAAAUGGCAGAACAUUUUGAAACAUUGGGCGGCAGAAUCGAGAAGAAUACAACUGUAACUGCAAUAGACGAGUGUGAGUUUCUAGACGGGCAAAAAGUGUAUAUUUUGACAACUUACAACUACGAGACGCUGGAGACGGUACAGUACAUUGCUCGUAAAGUUGUUUUGGCUGUGACGAGAUCUCAAUUGAAGAGAAUACAUUGGGAUGCAUUGUGGACAUCUCCAAAGAGGGAAUUAGUUGAUGCGGUAAUAAGUCAUCAAGCCGCUAAAAUAUUUUUUGCGUUUGAAGAGCCAUGGUGGCGCAAAGAGAGUCUGCAAUACUUAAAUCUGACGCAAGGUCGUUCCAUCUCUAGCCUUCCUAGUAGACAGACUUAUUACUUCACUGCACCAAAUCCAGCUGUCAGCAACCGCUCGUUCAUCAUGCUUUACAAUGACGGCCAGUUUGCUAAAUUCUGGAAAGCUUUGGCUUCUGACUCUUUCAACAAGUUUCGCACUUCUAAUUCGGCCAUAUUUCCUAUGACUGACACUCUGGUAAAGGAAGUAGUCAAAGAGUUGGCUCUCAACCACAACACAACAGAGGACGUCAUUGGUCAGCCAUACUUUGGAUGGAUUAUGGUGUGGGACAAUGAUCUGCUACCAAGACACGUUGAAGGAUACGGUCCUUACAUGCCAAGUGAGGCAUGGACUUUGUGGGCUCCCGGAUACAACUACACAGAAGAAACGACAAAGAUUAUUAAAUUGGACGAGAACCAGAACAUCUUCAUAUGUGGAUCGGUUUACUCCAUUCAGCAAGGGUGGGUAGAAGGUGCACUCGAGCAUGCUGAUACAAUGUUGACAACUUAUUUCAACAUUUCUUCCUACCUAACGCAAUCUGGAGUGCAAGAGAUGAAAGAAUCGUUUUACGGCAAGAGAAGAAUCCCAUUUUAUCCCUAACGUAUGGAUCUCUCUAGUCUAGACGCAACAGCAUAGAUAGUUAGGAGACAUAGUUUUGCUGUCUACCAGUUGUUAGCUAGUUCUGUUCUAGCUAGUAGUUCUACUUCUGUCAGCUAUAGAUUCAACGUGUCUUUGUUUGUCUGCAGUAACUAAUUAGCAAUCUCUAUCGAGGUGA